GUAGCAGCAACAAUUCCUUUAUCAGUUACCUUGGUCUACCUAAAAGUUGCAGCGAUAAGACCCCAUAAGGCGUACCGACUUUGUCGCUGCCUUUUCAUGCUGUGGGGAGGCCCCAAAAUGGACAAUUUCAUGGGCCAAAAGAUCGACGAAAGGCCCCACCCAAAACUACUAGUCAUCAUCAUCAUCUUCAUCCUUUCGUCCUAACGGUCCUCCGGUCUUUCGUCGUGUCAAUAGUGUGCCCGUAGAGAUAAGGGGGGGGCUUUCCGACCCAUCCAUCCCCCACUCUUCGCCGCCACCACGGGUACAACCGUUGAAUCCGCCGUUGUCCCUCGUCUAUCCGUCUCACCUCUUCCCGGUCCAACCCUGCUUCCUUGUCCACGCUGCUGUUGGUGUUGUUCUUAACCAGCUCAGCUCGUCUUCUUCUCACCCCAAGCAUCACCGGCACACCACACACAACACCACAGUCAAGAUGGCCGCAUCCAAAGUAGAAAUCGCCCCCUUCGAGGUCACUCCCCUCGACGCCAUUCCCGCCGUCUGCAGCACCGCCCGUGCCACCUUCGCCUCCCACAAGACCAAGAACCUGCAAUGGCGUCUCGUCCAGCUGCGCAAGCUCUACUGGGCUCUCGACGACUUCAAGGCCUCGCUCAUGGCCGCGCUGCAGCAGGACCUGCGCAAGGGCGGAUAUGAGUCGGACUUCACCGAGGUCGACUGGGUCAAGAACGACUGCCUGCACAUGAUCAACAACCUCGAGACUUUUGCCAAGACGGAGAAGCUCAAGGAUCUGCCCGUCACCUACUCGAUGAUGAACUUCCGCGUCAAAAAGGAGCCUUUGGGAACCGUCCUCAUCAUCGGCCCUUACAACUUCCCCAUCCAGCUGGUGCUGGCUCCGCUCGUGGGCGCCAUUGGCGCCGGCUGCACGGCCGUCAUCAAGCCCUCCGAGCUGACCCCCGCGUGCGCCAUGGCCAUGAAGGAAAUGAUUGAGAGCCGGCUGGACCGCGACGCCUUCGCCGUCGUCAACGGCGGUGUCCCCGAGACCAACGCCCUCAUGGAGGAGAAGUGGGACAAGAUCAUGUUCACCGGCAGUGCCCAGGUCGGCUCCAUCAUUGCCCGCAAGGCCGCCGAGACGCUGACGCCCGUGUGCCUCGAGCUGGGCGGCAGGAACCCGGCCUUUGUGACCAAGAAGGCCAACCUGGCGCUCGCGGCCCGCCGCCUGAUGUGGGGCAAGGUCCUGAACGCCGGACAGGUGUGCAUGAGCCAUAACUACGUGCUCGUUGACAAGGAUGUGGCCGACACUUUCAUCGAGUUUCUCAAGAUUGCGUACAAGGACAUGUUCCCCAACGGAGCAAAGGCCAGCCCGGAUCUGUCGCGUAUUGUCAACGCGAGGCACUUCAACAGAAUCAAGAAGAUGUUGGACGAGACCAAGGGCAAGAUUGUCAUGGGCGGCGAGAUGGACGAGAGCGACCUUUACAUCGAGCCGACGGCGGUAUUGGUGGAUAGUCUCGAUGAUCCGAUGAUGCAGGAAGAGAGCUUCGGUCCCAUCUUUAGCAUUUUCCCUGUGGACACCCUCGACCAGGCGCUCAGCAUUGCCAAUAACGUGCACCGGACGCCGUUGGCGCUGAUGGCAUUUGGUGACAAGUCGGAGACUAACAGGAUCCUCGACGAAAUGACCUCUGGCGGCGCCUGCAUCAACGACUCCUACUUCCACGGCGCUGUGCACACGGUCCCCUUCGGUGGCGUCGGCGACUCCGGCUGGGGCGCUUAUCGCGGCAAAGCCAGCUUCGACAACUUUACGCACUUCCGCACCGUGUCCGAGACCCCAACCUGGAUGGACCGGUUCCUGCGCGUGCGCUACAUGCCGUACGACUGGAGCGAGCUCAGGCUCCUGCAGCGCUGGACCAACAAGAAGCCCAACUUUGACCGCCAGGGGACCGUCGCUAAGGGGUCCGAAUACUGGAUGUGGUACUUCUUGGGCUUGGGUACCAAAGGCGGUGUUAAAGGUGCGUUGAUGAGAUGGCUGGUCGUGGUCGCUGGCUAUUAUCUAUCUGCUUAUAUGAAGGCGAGGAGGGCUUGAGUUGUUUGUGUGUUUGUCACUUGCACAUUACCGCGGCAACUCACUCCAUCUGUUUUCAAGCGUUAUGAUGAUGAUUUCUUAUGGUUUAUGUAUCUAAUUUGCUUCAUGGUUAGUUAACGAGGCGACGACUUCUUAAUUUCCUGUUUCGGUCGGGAGUUCAACAACAACAGUGACAUUGUCGAUUUAAGUACGAAAAAUACCAUAUAAUCAGGAGGUGUCAAUAAUGGGUGGAAGAAGGUAAUGUCGAAGAAGUAAUGGCACGAUUUGGAUACAUUCAAAGAGUUGAUAUGUACGGUGUAUCACUCCUUGGGCUCGCACAUGUAGGAACAGCGGCUUAUAUACCCAUUUUUUCUUAAGCGACCAGUUUAUGUCUUGACGAUCUACGUCAUGAAACCAUAAUUAUCAAUUUUCUAAAUAAGAGCAGCUUUCAACUUGUUGUUUUUGGCUAAACCG